AUGCUGAUACAAUUCGUCUUUGAACAAUCCAAAUUGUUCUCGCAACAAUCAUGGGCUACCCAUGAGUCAGAAGCGGUCUCCAGGCUCACAGCUGUGGAUGACACAAUUUAUGCCCUGUCAACAGCACAAGGCCGGGGCGGUAUUGCAGUGAUCCGUAUCUCUGGCCCGUCAUGUCUAGAGAUAUACAAGGCAUUUUGUCCAUCUAAGCCCUUGCCAAAACCAAGAUUUGCAACUGUGCGAUCACUCUAUGAUCCAUGUUCUGCCAAAAAUCACCCUCUCAUUCUGGAUUCGGAAGCUUUGAUUCUCUACUUUCCCAAUCCAAAGACUGUAACCGGCGACGAUGUCCUAGAGUUGCAUGUUCAUGGGGGAUCAGCCACAGUCAAAGCAGUACUGGCAGCCAUUCCGAAAUGUGCCACUGCGCAUCGUAUUCGAUAUGCAGAACCCGGCGAGUUUACGAAGCGUGCCUUCUUUAACAACAGGCUGGAUCUUGCUCAAAUUGAGUCAUUGAGUGAUACCCUAGCAGCAGAGACAGAACAGCAGCGUCGUGCAGCCGUGCGCGGUAACUCUGGCUCUCUUGGUCGGCAAUACGAGGCGUGGAGGGAACAGCUGUUGCUGGCCAGAGGAGAAAUCGAAGCCCUGAUUGACUUUUCAGAGGACCAACAUUUUGAUGAGUCCCAGGCAGAACUUCUGCAGAACGUGACGACGCAAGUAGCUAGGAUGCUACACAGCAUUGAGCUGCAUGAACAAGGAAGUCAAAGAAGCGAGCUUCUGAGGAACGGAAUUCGUAUUGCACUGCUGGGCCCACCCAAUGUCGGUAAGAGCUCACUCAUGAACCUGAUCGUCGGGCGCGAAGCUUCCAUCGUGUCUGGCGAAGCAGGCACUACGCGAGAUAUAGUCGAGGCAAGCUUGGAUAUUCGUGGAUACUUGUGCUCUUUUGCAGAUACGGCAGGAUUCCGAUCCCAGAGCUCGCAAAUUAACAGCGAGGCUGAGAGUGGCGCAAUUGGGGCCGUGGAGGAAGAAGGAAUACGACGAGCCAAACAACGAGCUUUGGAAUCGGAUCUCGUCAUUGUCCUUGCGUCAGUGGAAAAGGGCCCGAGAGGAUUCUUUUUGCAGUACGAUGAGGAAACGCUCGAUCUUGCUGCAGGGGCGGAAGAUUGCCUAGUCGUUGUCAACAAGCAAGAUGCAGUUGAUAAAGUGGAGUUUGGAAAGCUUGUUCAGGAAUUUCGACAAAAUGCCCAACUUCGGGCCCCCAAGCUGGCGGCGGCGGAGCUUGUGUCGAUCUCGUGUAAGGAGGCUCAGACAGGGUCAUGGGAGAGCAAGGAUCCGGGCGGUAUUCAGGCCGUGAUUACCAGGCUCGUGGAAUCCUUUGAAAGGAUGACAUCCAUGCCUGUCGAUCUCCAGGAUUUGUUGGGUGUAACGGAACGCCAGCGCCAACUCUUGAUCAAGUGCCGACAGCACUUGGAAGAUUUCAUGGUGGAGGCUACUCCCGAGGAAGGCAUGGACGCCGACACGGUCCUCGCAGCUGAGUUUCUGCGAUAUGCCGCCGAUUGUCUUGCCCGGAUCACAGGUCGGGGUGAGUUUGGAGAUGUGGAAGAUGUUUUGGGUGUUAUCUUUGAGAAAUUCUGUGUGGGGAAGUAA